AUGUCAAGUAGUCAAAGAGCAGAGAGUCAACAUUUUUUCUUCAAGAGUUAUGUUUCUGAGUGGAAUUCAUUGGUGGAAUUUAUGGUUCAGUUCAAGAGGGAACUUAUACACCAACGUCAUAACGAGUUAGAGGAAGAUCAUAUGAAUAUUGAUGAGAAGGCAAAAACAGUCAUGUCCCUUGAUGUAGAAGAACAUAUGGCCAAGGUUUACACACGCAAGAAAUUUUAUGAAGUUCAAGAACAAUUGAGAGAGAGCUUCAAAUAUAAGUUGGAACUUCUAAGAGAAAAUACCACUCAUUGUGUGUUUAAGGUUAUAAGAAAGAACAUUGAUACUUGUAAGUUUCGUGAAGUCAUUUAUGAAAAGUAUUCUAAUUUUGCAUCAUGCAGCUGCAGAAAGUUUGAGAGUGAAGGGCUCCCAUGUCGGCAUGUUUUGUCAUAUUUGAUAAAAAUCCAAGAUAUAGAUGAAUUGCCUAUUCAAUAUAUCUUAAAGAGAUGGACUAAAUCUGCAAGGCAUGGUACCGUGUUCGACUCUCAUGGCAUAGAGAUACAUGAUAAUAAAGCUUUACUUGAAAGGAGGACUAAGCUAUUACAACAUGCUACAGAUGCAAUUGAUAAGGCAAUGGUGAGUGAUAUGGCUAGUCAGCUCUUCAUGGAAUCCAUUGAUAAUUUCUUUGAGAAUAUUAAAACAUUGGCUGGCAAUGAAAGUGGACAAAAUGCGAUAGUUUUGGGGGCCAAGUCUGGUAGUAUUCAGCAUACUUUUAAUGAACCAAAUCAAGUGAGGGCAAAAGGGUGUGGGAGAAGGUUGAAGAAAGGUAAAGAGAAGAAAAAAGUUAAGGUAAAGGACAACCAAGGGAGGCAAUGUCAUGGAUGUGGACUGUUUGGUCAGUCACAUGACAAAAGGAAUUGUCCAACACUUCAUGGAAAACAUGUUGUUAACAAAGAUGGAGAUUCAAGUUCCUCCAGUAUGCAGGAUGGAGAUUCAAGUUCCACUAGUAUGCAGGAUGAAGAUGGUUGUUCAUCACCAGGAUAG